CUCAACCCUAUCUACGCCAUUCUCUGAAGAUGUUGGAAGAACGCACUGUGAAGUGUGGCUUUAAUCUUGUAGAGGAAGAAGUCACCAGCCAGAAAUUGGGUUUCUCAGCUUGAAGUGGCGAGGACAAAUUCCACAAGAUCCGUGGAAUAUGAACAGUUGUAAAGUGAAAAACAAAGGCAUUCGUUCAUCCUCGAUAGAUGCCUUUCAGUUUCUCCCCCGCAAUCGGUGGCAAGGUUGUGCGUGAGACGGCGGUGCAGUCAUGGGAGAAUGGAGCUUGCUGGGCGGCCUCUUCGACCACCUCCAGGCCCACUCGCCCAUGCUGGGUCGCUUCUGGCUCCUGCUCAUGCUCGUCUUUCGGAUCUUGAUCCUGGGAACGGUGGCCAGCGACCUGUUUGAAGAUGAGCAAGAGGAGUUUUCUUGUAACACCCUGCAGCCGGGAUGCAAGCAGGUUUGCUACGAUGAGGCCUUUCCCAUCUCCCAGUACCGCUUCUGGGUCUUUCACAUCGUCCUCAUUGCCACGCCGUCAAUGCUCUUUCUCGUGUAUGCCAUGCAUCAUCACAGCAAGAGGACAAGUGGCUCCAAGUCCUUUCCAGACUACAAGGAAACUCGGCAGUUAAGGAGGCUGUACAUCGUCAACGUUGCCUUCCGCAUUGUCGCAGAAGUCGGCUUUCUUGUCGGACAGUGGUGGCUGUACGGCUUCAAGGUGGACGCCCAGUAUCCCUGCAGCCGCUUCCCUUGUCCCUACACCGUAGACUGCUUCACCUCGCGUCCAGCAGAGAAAACGGUCUUCCUUUGCUUCUACUUUGCCAUAGGAGUCUUGGCGGCCAUCUCCAGCUGCAUGGAACUUCUCUACAGCUCCGUUAAGUUGUUCUGCUCCACUCGAGUGAAAUACGCCUCAGAGAGCCCCCACAGCUACAAGCCAGGGGAGCUUGUGAAGAAGGUUUCGGAAAAGGCUGGGACCGAGGCCACGGCCAGCAGCGGGAGGAUGAAGCUCGGGUCGCAGAAGAGCAGAAAGAAGCUCAACAGGACGAAGCACGAAAAAUACAACAGCAGGAAGACUUUUGUGGUGUGAAAUCAUUCUUGCGUGCUGACUGAGAUAUUAAUCCUGCUCAGUCAUAAGUGCUUGUCGUGCCAGUCCUAAGAUAAGGAAAAGGGCCAUGAGAUCAGUUGAUAAAGGUGGUGAUGACUAUCCAGAUGAGCUGUCGACAAGCAACGGGGACAUUUUCUUACACCAAUCCUUGUGGGCCGUUCACUUAACUCACAUAUUGUCCUGAGUCGCGGUGUAACUGUAGCAAUAAUGUGUAACACCACCUACAAAAAUCAGAAAAAGGGUAGCGCUGCUUCUUCCUACUCCUUUUCAGACAUGUCAUUAGAAAUUGGAAAUAUGUAAUGUAUGACGUUGUAACUCUGUGCAUGUUUGAGAUCAACUCUAACCAAAAACACUUAGGUUCUAGUAUGUUCCAUGU